AUGUCAACUUGGGUAUAUCCUCCAAUCCCGCCCGACGAACUUCGAAAGGCAGAAGAUACCUCUUUGAAACUCGAGCUCCAAUGGUUUCUCGAGUCUCUUCAGCCUUCUCUUGGUGCAUUGAAGGAGGGCCUAGAAGACUGUGUUGGCCUCCUGGCUCCAAAGGAACCUGGUUCUACACUUGUACUAUCUUCUCUGAGAUCUGAAAGUGUCAAGGGGUUUGUCACUCGAGUUGGAACAAAACUCGUCAAAGGGGACAUCCACCUUAGACUCACAACUCUUCCACCAAACACACCCAGAGGGACUACCACUUCUACUCCAUCCACACGUCUGAUAUUCGCUGCUUCACCUUCUUCCCCAGAUAUCCUGCUACCCCAACUAUUUGCUGUCAAAUCCCUGGUCAAUGACUCCCUCGAUAUCAUUGAUGUUUCCCGUUGGACCGGCCAGUCAACCGACUCGUCUUUCAUGUCUGGUCAGCUGAAGCUGCUACAUGACCACCUUCGUGAAGCAAAAGCCUGCCUGAAAGGACCUGCUUCGAGUACUGAGUCUGAUUCGGUUCCUGGAGCUGAUUGGUGGACCAAUAGUCCUGAUGAAAACACAUUUCAACCACCUCUUGGAGAACAUUUGAGCUUACAUUUCACCAUUCAAGAUGCACACCUCGUUCUCACUGUUCGUACGCUUGCGCCUACUUCUCCCGGUGGUACUCCCAGUACCCCCAUUGAAUCUCCAUUUUCUCUCUCAGGCUUUAGCCUCAGAAGCAAGCUAUUAGGACUUGGACCAAAGCCUCCCAAUCACGAUGAGAUGGGAGAAAUCUUCGAAUGGAGAGGUAAACGAGAUGUUAUUGUCCGCGAAAAGGUACGAGUAGAAACUGGCGACCCAAGCUUGCUCAGCAUUGCAGCAAAGCUCAGUGCACUUGAACACGAAGUUGCUCGGUGGCGAUUGAAUCUUCGCAUCAUCCUGACAGGUAACAUUGAAGAAGACUGA